ACAGCGUGGAAUGGCUCCUACGCGCAGGCACUGCGGCGAGCACGUGGAGGUUCCUGCCGAUGGUGGACCCCCUGGUGGACGUGUUCUUGAGUCGAGACCUGGACAGUCGGGUGUCGUGGCGGGAGGCGUUUGCCGUCAAGGAGUGGCUCUCGACUCCAGCCACCUAUCAUAUCAUGCGGGAUCAUCCUAAACACGACAUCCCCAUGCUUGCAGGGACCUUUGGGAUGAAAUUAGGUGAGAGAGCCUCGAUGGAAGUACUUUACGGAGAACUUCCGAAGCGCUUCUCGGGCGCCAGAAAUAAUAAGCUCCUGGAUCAAGUGUACCUGACUGCAGUCAUUUGGCCUCUGGCAGUCAGUUAG